GUCCAAGUCAACAUCAUCCAGCAGCAAGAGACUACAAUACAACAGAUGCAGACCCUUCUGAACCAACUGUCAGACAAGCUGAACGGUCCCCGUGACUGUAUGGACCUGUUGACGACUGGACACGACACCAGCGGGGUGUACACCAUCUACCCUGAUGGAGGAGGGAAAAGUCCUGUUCACGUCUACUGUGACAUGGACACUGACGGGGGCGGAUGGACGUUGUUCCAGAAACGCCAAGACGGUUCUGUCAACUUCUACCGAGACUGGCAGGCGUACAAGACAGGGUUUGGUGACCUGAGGGGAGAGUUCUGGCUAGGAAAUGACCACCUCCACCGCCUGACGGCCCAGGAUUUGUACGAACUGAGGGUGGAUCUGGAGGACUUUGAGGGUAACACGGCCUACGCCAAGUACAACAUCUUCAGGGUGGAGGAUGAGGUGCACAAGUACAGGCUCACUGUGGACGGGUACUCGGGCACUGCAGGUGACGCCUUGGCCGAGGGAGCCGGGAACAACCCUCACAACGGCAUGUACUUUUCUACAAGAGACAGGGACAACGACAUCUUCUCUACUGUUAACUGUGCUCAAAACAGCAAAGGGGCGUGGUGGUACAGUAGGUGUCACUACGCAAACCUGAACGGCCUGUACCUUGGAUCUCUGCGAGCCACCAUUUUGUACACCGCCAUUAUGGCCACUCUCUUUUUCCCAGUCCUUGUAUUGAUGCUGCUUCAUGUAAGCAUUACGGUAUCCUAUAACACAUGGGAUACGGCUGACCGUAAUCUGGCUGUAGAUGGCGACACUCCCUCGUCAGCUCUGUCCUGCCAGUCGUUUCAAACCCUGUUACAGUACGCCAACAGACAGAACAGUCUAGAAAACAACAUGGACGAACUACAGACGAGAACGGACGCCCUGGAAGAACAAUGCUGUGGGGGAGAAACAACGCAUAACUCCUACGCCAGCCUACAGUCCCUGAUGGAGGAACAGGACAGCACGAUUCAGCAACAUCAGAACAUUAUACAGCAGCAGGCUGCCACCAUUCAACUCAUGCAAACUCAGCUCAACCAACUAGCAGACAAGCUGAACGGUCCCCGUGACUGUAUGGAACUGUUGACGACUGGACACGACACCAGCGGUGUGUACACCAUCUACCCUGAUGGAGGAGGGAAAAGUCCUGUUCACGUCUACUGUGACAUGGGCACUGACGGCGGUGGAUGGACGCUGUUCCAGAAACGUGAAAGUGGACUGAUCAACUUCUACCAAGACUGGCAGGCGUACAAGACAGGGUUUGGUGACCUGAGGGGAGAGUUCUGGCUAGGUAACGAUAACCUUCACCGCAUAACGGAUCAGGGUGUGUACGAACUGAGGGUAGAGAUGGAAGACUUUGAAGGCAACUCGGCCCACGCUAACUACAGUAUCUUCCACGUGGAGGACGAAGUUCACAAGUACAAACUCACCGUAGAAGGGUAUACGGGAACUGCAGGAGAUGCCAUGGCUCAUCACAAUGGGAUGUUCUUCAGCACCAGAGACAGGGACAACGACAUCCACUCCUCUGACUGUGCCGGCCGCUUUAAAGGCGCAUGGUGGUACGGUGCCUGUCAUCAUGCCAACCUGAACGGCCAGUACCUGAUUGGUUCACACCAGUCCUUCGCUGACGGCAUCAACUGGUACCCAUGGAAGGGACACAACUAUUCACUCAAGACUACUGAGAUGAAGAUAAGGCCAAACUAGACAGGCAAUUCUUUGCAUCUACAACACUGUCUGCAUGCAAACAAAAUUGGUAUAGGGGGUGCACUAUUACAUUCUCUACAU